UGAAACUUUUUACCUCUUCACACUUUGGGCAUAGCUUGGAGAAACAAAUACUUGGGCAAAGGGUUCGGAUGCGACCCAACCGCUUACUUUUCCAGUCACUUGCUUGCUCGGUUGCUCCCUCCCCUGCCCCAGAUAGGGAAAAACCCUCUGCUUUCCGCUCUUGCGCGAACCAUCUACUCUGGCCGCCGCUCGCUCCAUAGGCAGGAACUUUUCAAUCCGAUAUCUAGAAAUGGAGGCUUGCGCCGGAACUGCAGUUAUGGGUUCUCUACAACAGCCCAAUUGGAGCAAAGGAACAGCUUUCGCUCCCAAGAAGCCUACUUUUGUUCUCUUCCCGCGCCAGGUUAAGCUCCAGUCAUUGAAACCCUGUAAAGCGUCUCUCGAAGGCAGCUUGGUGACUGGCAGGCCCCCCUCAUCCGUUUCUGUGCCGAUUCCAGAAGCUGAAGGCGAUACAAGUGGCUUCCAGGACCAUGCACUUAAUGAUGCUGAUCCAGAGGUUCAUGAUAUUAUCAGAAAGGAAAAAGACAGGCAGUUCAAAAGCCUUGAGCUCAUUGCCUCCGAGAAUUUUACAUCUCGGGCAGUUAUGGAGGCUGUUGGUUCUUGUCUGACUAACAAGUAUUCUGAAGGUCUACCUGGUAAAAGAUACUAUGGUGGAAAUGAACAUAUUGAUGAGCUUGAAACUCUAUGUCAACAAAGAGCUUUGGCCGCUUUUCACUUGGAUGGAAACAAAUGGGGUGUUAACGUGCAACCAUUGUCUGGUUCUCCUGCUAAUUUUGAGGUUUACACUGCAAUUCUUAAACCGCACGACCGAAUCAUGGGUUUGGAUUUGCCACAUGGAGGACAUUUGUCUCAUGGAUUAAUGACUCCUAAAAGACGGGUGUCUGGCACUUCAAUAUACUUUGAGUCUAUGCCCUACCGCCUUGAUGAGUCCACAGGUCUUGUUGAUUAUGAUAUGCUUGAAAAGACUGCUACUCUGUUUCGACCAAAACUUAUCAUCGCUGGUGCCAGUGCCUAUCCCCGCGAUUUUGAUUAUCCUCACAUGAGGAAAAUAGCAGAUUCUGUUGGUGCUUUCCUCAUGAUGGAUAUGGCUCACAUAAGUGGGCUAGUCGCUGCCUCUGUGGUUGGUGAUCCCUUUGACUACUGUGAUGUUGUGACAACAACAACACACAAGUCUCUACGAGGUCCAAGAGGUGGCAUGAUUUUCUUUAGGAAGGACCCUGUUCUCGGUGUUGACUUAGAAUCUGCCAUUAACAAUGCUGUUUUCCCUGGAUUACAGUUUCCAAGCCAUUCUCUCACUGGGUUGUUUUGCUUUCUACAGGGUGGUCCUCAUAAUCAUACUAUUGGAGGCCUAGCUGUUUGCUUAAAGCAUGCUCAAUCCCCUGCAUUUAAAACUUACCAGAAGCAGGUCAUUUCCAAUUGUAGGGCGCUAGCAAAGCGCCUGGGCGAAUUGGGAUAUAGGCUUGUUUCUGGUGGGAGUGAUAAUCACCUUGUUUUGGUAGACCUGAGGCCAAUGGGAAUUGAUGGAGCUCGAGUGGAGAAAAUCCUGGACUUGGCUUCCAUCACUCUCAACAAGAACUCUGUCCCGGGUGAUAAAAGUGCCUUGGUCCCUGGUGGAAUUCGCAUUGGUUCGCCAGCCAUGACUACCAGAGGGUUCAAGCAGAGCGAAUUUAUGGCAACAGCCGAGUUGAUUCACGAAGGGGUGCAAAUAUCACUGGAAGCUAAAUCGUUAGCUUCAGGGCCAAAGCUGCAGGACUUCUUGAAGUUCGUUGCAUCGCCGGAGUUCCCUCUACAAGAUAAAUUGUCGGAACUCAAGAAGCGGGUCGAAGGGCUGGCAACCCAGUUCCCCAUCCCCGGGGUAUGAGCGACGAGGAUGAAGGCUUGGUUGGGUGGGACAUGGGAUGGGUUAGGUUUAGAUGAUGCAGAGUUUAGGUGGCAAGUCUAUCAAUGGAGAGCUACUCUGAGAACGAAUAUGGUAACUGGUGAAAGAGAAUAUUGCUGUUAUCUAAAAUGGCAAACUUUUGCAGCUAGUAUGUGUUUAAAUUUAACACACAUGGCCUGUAAUAGCACACCCUGUAUCUCUCAGACUGAGGGAUAGUAUGUUUGAGUAGAUCUUAGCUAGGUUUGGUUUCAUUUCUGGUUCUGCUUUUACAACUUCGUUAUGAUUAGGGAAAGCUGGAGCUAUGUUUGGCUUGGACAGAUAAGUAUCAGCAAAAAAUCAAGAGGGAAAAGACUACUCAAGUCUUUAGUCUGGUUUUUCUCUUCUGCCUGCUGCAGAAC